GGCCGUGCCCGGGGGCCAGGACAACGCGCGGCUCCACGCCAACCUGCUGGAGAUGGAGUUCGGGGCGGACGUGGGGCAGAACGAGGGCAACACCAUGAGCUGCUUCGAGCGCGCCCUGCGCAGCCCCCUGCCCGACGAGGCCAAGCUGCUCUUCUCGCAGCGCCGCGUCGAGUUCCUCGAGGACUUCGGCUCCAGCAUCCACAGCCUGCUCAAGGCCUACGAUGAGCACCAGAAGAUCCUGAAGGCGCACGCGGCCCGGAAACGGGCGCCCGAGAACGGCUCAGAAGAACCUGAUGACAAACGCCUCCGUCCCGACGACCCCUCGGGGCUCCCGGGACCCCUCAACUUUUCGGGGGGGGACCCCAACCCCUCCUACAACUACUGGUACCAGCACGGCUACGGCACCUACGGCUACCAGAGCCCCUGGGGCUACGGCCACUACUACGGGCAGAGCUGAGGGGGCGCUGCACCCCCACCCCUGUACAGACUGUGGGACCCCUCCCCCAAAAUUUGGGGGGGGGGCGUUGUAAAUAAA